GUUCAUGUCCCAGAGAACCUUCCUGUUCCUGUGACUCUCUACACUGUCCUGGCCUCCGACGCAGACCGCAAUGACACACUCUCUGUAAUAAACACACUACCUCAUGACCCAACUCCUCCGAAGGACAGUUCCACAUCAGUGGAGGCGGCAGCAUCAUCUCAAGCCACCCAUUUGAUUACCACACAGGACCAAGGGAGUUGAUGCUGUCUGUGGUUGUGAGAGACAAACAAGGGGCUAACUGUACUGGGACAGUCAGGAUCAAGGUGCUGAAAGUCUACAACCCUCCUCUGGAUCUGCUUCUUGUUUCCCAGAAUGUGUCCAUCUUUGAGAACCAAGGACCCGAGGAUAUUGUAGCUACUGUCAGAGAUAACCUCACCCUCCCUGAUGCACUCUACACUUUUGUGAAAGAUUAUCCCCAUUUCAAGAUUGGUAGAGAGGACGGUGUCAUCAGAACAGCCUAUAACCUGGACCUGGAGGCAGAGCGGGCCCUGGCCCAAAGUGUUCUAUUGGUCAGAGCCUACAGCGUGGCAAUGGAACGCUCCGCUACCGCCACUGUCACGGUCAACGUUUUGGAUGUCAAUGAGUUCCCACCCUUCUGCUCCCCCUCAGUGUUUGUGUAAGUAACAGGACUCUACUGGAUCACUGGGCACCUGACUAAAAUCAGCCCUAUAUGUAUAUCUUUGAUAGAUUACAUCAAGGACAUCAUGUAAUAAAUAGGUCAUGUCUAUGGCCUGGAGUUUUCCAUGACCAUGUUACGUGACCAUAACUAUAACUCCUAGAACUGGGGUCCAGACCACAGUUUCCUAAAGCCUGAUUCACGGGGGGGGGGAUUGGCGUCGAGAGGAUAUAGGGAUGUAGU